AUGGCGAUGGGUUCUGUUAUGUGGAACCUGUGUCAGAUCAUCAGGGUAGAAGGGGCACGGCUGUGUGAGGAGCUGCAGCUGCGCGCCCUGGGCGUGGCGAGCGGCGGGCUGCUGCCGGGCACGGGCGACGGCGCCGCCACCUGCUGGAGGGACGCCUGGCUCAUCUUCCUCACGCCGCGCUCCGAGACCGCCGUCGUCGCCUGGCAGCGCGACCUCCUCAAGAUCGUCGCGGCCUGCUGUCCAUCAGUGCGGCAGCUGCUGGUGAGCCAGUGGAAAUCUGGGACGGCGCUGGAUACGCUGCUGCAGUGGACGCCGGCAUCGGUGAGCACGGUGGACCUGGACGGCGAGCUGGCGAUGCGCGGCCGUCGGCCGCUGCUGCUGGACCACCUGCAGGCGCAGGCGCAUGCGCAGACGCAGCGGACCAAGGUCGUUCGGAGGCAGCCGCAGGGCCGCCGCCAACCCCAGGAGCCGCCCUGGCUGCCGCAGGCUGAGGCGCUCUUCAGGGGCCUGCACGUGUGGACACGGCGCCCGCCGCCGCCAGAGCCGCGACCGCAGGCGGGCGGCGCUACGUUGAGCGAGCUGCACCUGGGGGCGGCCAGUGCGACGCUGGAGGACUUGCAGGCGCUGCUGCAGGGCCUGCCCGCGCUGCGCCUGCUGCGCCACUACCAGCUGGUGCGCGCCCUUCACGCGGUGCACGCCGAGCAGGCGCGCCGCGGGGACCGCCUGCCGCAGUACCGCCUCACCAACCUAGACGUCGACUUCUCUCAUGUGACGCGGUGCCGGUGGUCGGCGGAGGCGGUGCUGUCGCGGGACGCGCUGCCGCUGGCGGUGCGGCUGUGCCCGGAGGCGGAGAGCGUGCGCGUGCGCUGCGACAGCGACACGCCGCACGACGCGCUCGAGGCGCUCGGGCGGCUGCGGCGCAUGCGCGAGCUCAGCGUCGCCUGCGUCACCAGCGGCGAGCGCAGCCUGCUCGACUUCCAGGACCUGCUGCCGCUGCUCGACGCGCACGGCCAGAGGCACCUCGUCUCGCUAGAGCUCAAGGUGAUGGAGAACGUAGACACGCACGAGAUCACGGCGCGCUGCCCGCGGCUGGAGCGGCUGCUCCUGAGCGGUUGCGGCACGGCCUUUCCGCACGCGUGCGCACAGCACGGCUGUCUGACGCGGCCACGGUGGAUGCUGCCGCGCCUGCGCACGCUCUUCUUCGCGGACGGCGAUGACUUCAGCUGGGACCAUGCGCUGCCGCCUUGCUUCUGGGACGCCGCGUUCGAAUAUGGAAACGGUGGCCGCGUGGAGGGCGUGUUCCUGGAGUCGCCGCGGCUGCCCUUCGAGCGGCUGUCGCGGCUGCUGCGCCGCGCCGGCGGCUGGCCGCAGCUGCGCGUGCUGAGCGCGUGCCGCGCGCCUGAGCUGCGCCUGCAACCGCUGCAGGCCGCGUGCCGCGCCGCGCCGCGCCUCGCCUACCUGCGCGUGUCCGCGUGCGAAGCCCUGCCGCCCACCCUGGACACCGCCGCGCAGCUCCGGCAGCACCUGCCGCCCGACGCCGCACUUUGUCUCGACUGA